AUGUCUGAGAUGGAGCAGGAUCUAGGCCAGACCAAAGCUACGGCGUCUGCCGCAGAGCAGCCUACAACGGCGGAAAAGAGAAAUGCCUUCACCGAGCUUCUCUCGUCCCGAAAUAAGCAGCCGAAACACGCUUCCAGUAACUCCUCCAAAGGCAACGUGCCACACGGUCGCAAGGCUUUCUCUGGAGGCCGCGACGGACUGGGCGCAUACAUCGCAAAGCCGGAGUCAUAUCCGUCCAGCGUCGUUGUCUACCAUAACGAGGACUUUGUGGCGAUUCACGAUAUGUUCCCUAAAUCGUCGCUGCACCUUCUCCUUCUCCCACGCGACCAGACCAAGACGCGUCUCCACCCAUUCGAGGCCUUUGAAGAUGCCGAGUUCCUCACGAAGGUCAAGGCAGAAGUGCAGAAGCUUCGCAAGCUAGCUGCCGGCGAGCUGCGACGAAAAUAUGGCAAGGACUCGGCGCAGGAGCAAGCGAGACGGGCUGCGUUGAACGCCGACCCGCCACCAGACGAGCUGCCGCCUGGACGCGAUUGGGACCAGGAGAUUAUGUGCGGUGUUCAUGCAGUCCCUUCAAUGAACCAUCUACAUAUCCAUGUUAUUGCGGUGGACCGGUAUAGCGAGCGGCUGAAGCACCGAAAGCAUUACAACAGCUUUUCUACGCCUUUUUUCGUGCCUAUUGACGAUUUUCCCUUGGCUGCGGACGACAAGCGGCGGCAUCCGACAUCUGAAGGCUAUCUAAAGCAGGACUUCACCUGCUGGCGCUGUGGUAAUAAUUUUGGGAACCGUUUCGUCGAGCUUAAGAAACAUCUAGAAGAGGAGUUCAAAGAAUGGAAGACGCUGUAA